UUGUCACUCACUCCGAAAGCUGYGAGGGAAAAUGAAGAACAAAAGAAGCAGAGAGCAGUUCAUGAAAAUAAGGAAGUAAAUGCUGUUGGACUGGAACCGUAGCUUUACCUCUGUUGUAAUGCAUCAGGUAGCAGUUCCGUGACAGAAUUAUAAGAACGAUUAGGCUAAGGAAGUUAGCGCUUAAGCUAAAUCCUUAAUAGACACAUUAUUUAUCGUAAAGCAGCCCAUGUACACAGAGAGAAAAGUGAGAGGAAGACACGGACAAAUAUUCCAGUCACGAUGGAUCACAAAGACGAAUCCCUGGAGGGAGCCACGGGGCUGAGUCAAGAUGAUUUGCCACAGAUGGAUGGUUCCUGUGAUGCGUGUGAGCCUGAUGAAGCCCAACCAGCGACGCACGUGUGCCACAUCUGCAGCUUCGCCUUCUGCCCGAUUCACGCUGACAGACAUUCCAGCAGCACACGGCACACCUUAAUGCCUUAUAACGGUGAAGGUGCUCAGGCCUGUGGUCUGGACACAGACAGUGACUCGAGAGUCGAAGGUGCAGCUGAGGAUGAAUCUGGUGAAAAGAGAGCAGCUCAAGCGGGUGAAAAACAGGAUCUGGCAGAAGGUGGUGAGGGUGUGCAUGCAGAUGGAGAAAAAAUUGCCCAGAAUGAAGGAAAAAAUGGGGAAGAGGCUGAGGCUGCGGCCGSCGGAGAGGCAGGGAAGAGGGACACGGUGACAGUGGAGAGACUGCGCUGCAAAGAGCACGGCCAGGAAGGCUCCCUGUACUGCAAGCCAGACGAGCAAAUCAUCUGCGUGGUUUGCGCUGUGCAGGGUGAGCACAGGGAUCAUGAGAUCAUCACUCUGCACCAGGCCUAUGUGUGGCAAAAGAGCAGGCAGGGUCACGACCUGCUGGGCUACACACAGCAGAUGGCUGAAAACGUCAAGACCAAGUGGACUAACCCUGAGAUGUCUACAGAGGAACUGGAAGAAUAUGUCAGCGGCCAGUUUGAUGAGCUCCGCAGGCUGGUUCGACUGGAGGAGAGGCGAACCCUUCACCUGSUAGACCUCAAAGAAGCUUUCCUUACAGCAUCGGCUGCAGAGAAAAUCGCUGAGAUCACCCUCGAAACCGAAAAGCUGCAGGAGGAGAUGGAUAACAUCACCCACCAGCUGUGCCUGCUGGAACAGGCUGAGGCUCAGGCAGUAGGUCCUGCUGCGGUGGCAGAGGUCCUGGCAGCGAGGCCUGGGCCAGUCCACAGAUUACUGCACGACAUUGAAGCCAGGCCAAGGGUGCCGGAGCCAAGGGCGAACCCCAUGGACCCACGGGACCUUGAAGACAAUGAUUCUGGACCGUCCAUGGACCACGCCCCGUGAUGUGAGCGGACCAGACUCCUCGUGCGUCUACCUGUCCUUGACGAUUUGCUUCAGCCUGCCAUCAGCCCAGUUGAGCCGUCAGGCCGGCCCCUUCUCUGUCAGUCAUUUCCACCCACCACUCCCCCGCCUUCCCUCCCUUCCCUGGCAGUGACCUUGAGAGGAGGCUGCAGUGACKGAUGGCCACAGCUUUUCCACACUCAAACUUUUUUUUYCCCCUAAUUUCUCACUUGCUACAAACUUUCUUUAAUUGAAGCGCUGAAGUUAUGUGCAAUCAAUUACCAUCAGGCUCAAUUUUCACAGCCAACCAGAUCUAUUUCUCACUGGUGAGCCUGGCUGAUUCAGAGAGGAGUUUGGGCAGGCAGCUGUGAAAAGCAGCUGUUGAGCUCAACAGAUGUUAGAAAAACAAAAGUAUGUGAUGCAGUGAGUUACACUCCUCGUCUAUUUGGAAUAUAAUUAUGGUUCUGCCGUUCAGCCUUAUAUCGUCAAGAGAUUUUAUUACGUCUAGCGGUACACUGAUCGGGCUUUGACUGGCCAAUACCAAUUUCUAGUUUACUUUGAGGUCUGGCCUCCUGGUUCYAAUUUUGACCAUUGCUGAUUUUUGUUUUUCCUUUUAGGAACUAUAUGCCAUAGAAAAGAGAACUGAAUUAAAAAUGGGCUGCUCUUUCCGAAUUUAAGGAAUUACAUGAUGCAUGUUAAUUGGGACAGAUAUUUACAUUCACUGUUUAAAAACUAUAUUUUCUUUCKUUUUUUUUUUAACAAUGAUUAACAAAAUUAUUUAAAUUKGCUAUGCGAGAUAAUUUCUUUUAGAGAUGUUUUAUUGCUAUUUUAAAACAAAUUGUUCUAAAAUUUGGUAGAAAUAUUCAUGUCUUGGGUCAAAUGGAAAAUAUUGAUGRCUGACAGAUGAACGUCGGUUCAUCUUAGCUUUUCUUUCCUUCAGUAAUUUGCUGCCCCAUUCUCCCAGAUAACUGGUGUAACAGUCAGAUUUGACAGACACCUUAUCUGUCACCAUUUUUUAAUGGUAUGGAGUCCAGCACUUUGUAGUGACCACUUCAAACACUUUGUCCUUAGUCCAGUUUGUAACUAAUUUGCCAGUAUGAUUAAGGUUCUUGUCUAUUUGAAAGACUCAUUUGAGUCCAAGUUUUAGCUUCUUGGACGAUGUGUGGAGAUGCUGAUUUAGUAUUUCCAUCUCAUGGUCUUUAUUGUCUUUAUUCCCUCUUAUGUUGUGAAAUGUAACUCUCCCCUCUGCAGUUCCCGCUCAACAGCAACUAGAAGAUACAUUUCUCUGUGCAUAAUAUCAUACAAUGAAGCAGCACUUUUGAGAUGUUGCCUUAAAAUACAUCCACAUGUCUGUCUCUGUGUAAUUCAAAUGUUGUGAAUUAUCCGGAAGCUUACAAAGCCUUUAUAUCAUCAUCUGGGGUUUCCUAAGUGCUUGAAAGCCCUUUAUACCUUUGUGUAUGUAAACUGCAGAACUUGAAGAGAUUMACCGAAAAAAGAAAAAAAACGAGUCCCUAGAUAUUCUGGGAUUUUAAAAAUUUGAUGUUUUAUGCAGUGUAUGUAAAUAUUUUUUCUUCAGCUGUAACCAUCAAAGUAUGUGUUCCUUACAGGCAUGGGCUGGUUUCCAUUAUCAAAUUAUACCAAGGUUAUAAAAAGCUGUGGUUUCAAACUGCUUACAUUUUCCAGCACACCAUUCAAACUGUUUUGAGUCUUUUUGUUUAGCUGCAAGACAAAGUGCGACAGGAACUGGAGCACUGCCCCUGCCUGCUGCUGUUCAGCUGGCUGAAAAGAGGCUCUGUCUUUGUUUCCUUUCUUACAAAAACAGAUGAAUUUGGCAGUUUGGAAACAUUUCCAAUCAAACUUUGGGAAGCUAAAUGAUCACCAACAACCCCUGUUAGCGUUGCUCAGUGUAGAGUUGGAAUAAUUCUCACUGAAUUAUAGUUAAUGAACGGAAUUAUUCUGAGAUGAAAAGAUGUUUAGUUAAAACAUUAUUUUGUGAAUACAAUAAAGCCAUGAUGUUUGUGUUCAAGUUUAUCAUAACUUGAUGAUUUUAGCCCAGCCCAUGUCCAACCCCCAUCUUUCAUCUGAUUUUUAACUGAAACAUAAAAGUAAUCCAUGUUCAUGCUGUUUGUUGAUGCAUCUGUAGUUCACAAUGGUGAAAGUUCUCAGUUGUUAUUCAUUUAAUUAACUGGCAAAAAGUAAAAAUUGUCCCAGAUUUGACCUCUGGCCAGUUUUACGUUCAUCUGUGUACAAGGGUGGUAUUUUGAUUAAAAAGGGGGAAAACAAAGCAAAAAAAAAUAAAAUAAAAAUGUUUUGUUCUGUGCCAUGCUGUGGCCUUUGCUGUUUAAAAAAGUUUUUAGAUUUGUUCACACUUCCUCUUGUGUUUCUUGGAUGAUUUAUAAAAAUCAACGUGUAUCCUGACACCAAUUGAUUGGUAAAUGUUGCUGAAUCUUUUAAAAGAAGCUUCCAUUUAGCUGUGCAAAAACAGCCAUUCUGCAUUUACCAGCUCCUUGUGUACUGUAACAUAAAGGCUCAUUACUCUCGACCCGUCGGCAGCGUAUGACGGAUUGCAGUCCAAAGAUGCGAAUGCACUUUCUACCUUGACCUGCUGAGUCGCAGCUGUCACUCAUGACGCAUUGCCACAGUUUUGUGUUCAUAUCAGCAAUUUGUUUUUUGUUUUUUUUUAUUGUGAUUUAUUCUGUUGCCUUAAUAUCUGAACUGAAAUGCUGUAAUUAAUGAUAUUUGGGAUGGGUUUCAAAAUCCUUUUUUUCACUACAGUAGUGCUGCUCAGAAAUGUACUAAAGUUUAUACUUACUUGAUUGAUUUGUUAAUGUGUCAACAGCCGAUUGAGAAAAAAAAAAACAGCAAGAUCUUAUUCUGUAUUCUUAUUGUGACAGCAGGCAGGAGUCUGACUGUUUACUUCUGUUGUAAUUUUUUCUGUUUUGGUUUUAAAUCUAUAAAUAAACAGUCUAGUUCUUAAGACUGGACGGAGAUGACA